UGUCACUUUUGUGUUUGGUUUGUGGGUCUAGAGAGAGAAUCGGCAAGUGAAAAGAGCAGAAAUGCACGCAAAGACGGAUUCAGAGGUGACAAGCUUGGCGGCAUCGUCGCCAACGAGGUCACCACCUCGAGGACGACCGGUGUACUAUGUGCAGAGCCCAUCACGAGAUUCACACGAUGGGGAGAAAACCACCACAUCCUUCCAUUCAACGCCGGUGCUCAGCCCCAUGGGUUCACCUCCUCACUCCCACUCUUCCGUGGGCCGCCACUCUCGUGAGUCUUCCACUAGCCGCUUUUCCGGUUCUCUCAAGCCAGGUUCUCGCAAGAUCUUACCCAAUGGAGGCGGUCGAAAGGGUCAAAAGCCUUGGAAGGAACCUGUCAUCGAAGAAGAGGGUCUUCUCAACGCUGAAGACACUGAGAAAGGACUCCCUCGUCGAUGUUAUCUUCUUGCCUUUGUUGUUGGAUUCAUCUUUCUUUUCUCCUUUUUCUCUUUGAUUUUAUGGGGAGCUAGUCGUCCUCAGAAACCCCAAAUCAACAUCAAGAGCAUCACAUUCGAGCACUUCUCGCUUUCAGCUGGAGCUGAUUCAACUGGAGUAGCAACCGAGAUGAGCUCUAUGAAUUCCACUGUCAAGUUUACGUACCGCAACACUGCGACGUUUUUCGGAGUCCAUGUGACAUCAACCCCUCUCGAUCUCAGCUACUCCCAUCUCACCGUCGGCACUGGAUCCGUGAACAGGUUCUAUCAAUCAAGGAAAAGCCAAAGAACGGUGGCAGUGGUAGUGUCCGGAAACAAGAUCCCUAUGUAUGGAGCUGGUGCGAGUCUGAGCAGUUCCGGGGGAAACCUGACGGCGCCGGUGCAUCUGAAACUGGAUUUCAUGGUCCGUUCAAGAGCUUACGUUCUGGGCAAGUUAGUUAAACCAAAGUUCUUUAAAAACAUCGAUUGCUCAAUCGUCUUUGACCCCAAGAAGAUCAAUGUUGCUCUUUCGCUCAAGAACUCCUGCACAUACGAUUAGAUUUGUUGUUCUGUUCAAUUAGGUCUAAAAUAUUUGAAUAUUGAAUG